AGGUGACACUGACAGAUAGUUUCAGUUCAGUGCCAGAAAUCUCAGAAUUUACUGUUUCUUUUACUGUUUUGCUCCAGUUUCCGCAAAGAAACAAAAUAAUGCUAUACUAAGUGUUGUUCUAAAAUACACAGCAACCAUGGAGAUCAGCACGACCGUUGAUAAACCCAAGAACAUAGCGCCCGACGUCGCAUUGAAUGCAGUUCUGAUUCCCAGCCAAGAUUUGCCCAAAGAAACCCCUACAGUUUCCGGGUACGACUGGGAAAAUGGCACAGACUACAACAAAAUACUCGAGAGUUACCUCCGCACGGGCUUCCAAGCCACCAGCUUCGGGAAAGCUGUUGAGGAAGUGAACAAAAUGCUAAAAUGUCGGUCGGUACCUUUGACAGACGAAACUAGCGACCCUUACGAAGAAGACCUUUUUAUCAAGAAGAAGACCAACUGCACGAUAUUCUUAGGCUACACUUCCAACAUGAUAUCUUCAGGGCUGCGUGACACAAUACGGUUUUUAGUUAAAAACAAACUUGUUGACUGCAUAGUGGCUACUGCUGGUGGUGUAGAAGAAGACUUUAUUAAAUGCCUUGCCCCUACUUAUAUUGGCGAUUUUAACCUCAGUGGCAAAUCCUUAAGGACUCGAGGAAUCAACAGAAUUGGUAACCUCUUAGUGCCUAACGAGAACUACUGCAAAUUUGAAGAGUGGGUAACACCAUUACUAGAUGAAAUGGUCACAGAGCAAAUAAAAGACGGUGUUCUGUGGACCCCAUCCAAAGUGAUAGCUCGAUUAGGAGAGAGAAUUAACGAUGAGAGCUCAGUAUGCUACUGGGCGUGGAAGAAUAACAUACCAAUAUUCAGUCCUGCACUAACUGAUGGCUCUCUCGGUGACAUGAUGUAUUUCCACUCAUUCAAGAAGCCAGGUCUCGUCAUUGACAUUCUGUCAGACUUACGCAGACUGAACACAAUGGCAGUGAAAGCAAAUAACACUGGUAUGAUCAUACUCGGUGGUGGUGUGGUUAAACAUCACAUUUGCAAUGCAAACUUAAUGAGAAACGGUGCAGAUUUCUCUGUUUACAUCAAUACAGCGAGUGAGUUUGAUGGCAGCGAUGCGGGGGCACGGCCCGAUGAAGCCGUGUCAUGGGGGAAGAUCAGACCUCAAGCUACUCCGGUCAAACUCUAUGCGGAAGCUACACUUGUGUUCCCAUUGCUUGUCGGACAAACAUUUGCUAAAUAUUACUUUAGUAAUAAGAAGAAUGUUUAGUCAAACCGGGUUUGGUUGAUACUCAGAGACUUAUUAUAAUUAUUAUGAUGUUAAAAAAUAUUCUUAUGUUAUGUUUCUUUUUAUUUUAAGACUCAAAAAAUGAAUAAAGUAUUCUCUCACA